AACCCAAUAAAAAAAAUGAUAUUUUUCUUUAACCCAAUAAAUUUUCUAAAAAGCCCUUUUUCUUUUUGUUUUUGCAUGUAGAGGAAAAUCAUCGAAAGCCAUACUGAAAAGAUCUUUAGUUCUUUACUUUCUUUCUUUCUUUCUUUGGUUCUUCUUUUCCGUUUGUCUGAAUUUUCUAUUAUCUUCUAGCUUUGCAAAAAUGGCAGAUCACAUAGCCAAAGGAGACGAAUUUCUCAAGAAAGCCCAGAAGAAGAUCAACGCCUGGGGUUUAUUCGCCUCAUCCAAGUACGAAGACGCUGCCGAACUCUACGCUAAAUCAGCUAAUCACUUCAAGCUCGCCAAGUCUUGGGAUAGAGCUGGUUCAGUAUUUAUCAAAUUGUCUGAUUGUUAUUUGAAGGUAGAUAGCAAACAUGAGGCUGCCAAUGCUUUUAUAGAGGCUUCAAAAUGCUAUAAGAAGACUUCAACUACAGCUGCUAUCUCAUGCUUGGAUAAAGCAAUAAACAUUUUCAUGGACAAUGGCAAAGAUAGUAUGGCUGCUAGAUAUUGCAAGGAGAUUGGUGAGAUGUAUGAGCUUGAGAAAGACAAUGAAAAGGCAAUGUUAUAUUUUGAACGAGCUGCCGAAUUUUUCGAAAUGGGAGGAGGAGCAACUACUGCAAACCAAUGCAAGUUGAAAGUUGCACAGUUUUCUGCACAAGUUGAACAGUAUCCGAAGGCAAUCCAGAUAUAUGAAGAGGUAGCUAAAACAUCACUUAACAAUAACUUGCUGAAGUAUGGUGUUAGAGGACAUCUUCUUAAUGCAGGACUUUGCCAGCUAUGUAAAGGGGACAUUGUUGCCAUAACAAACGCAUUGGAGCGAUAUCAGGAUUUGGAUCUCACUUUCUCUAGAACUCGGGAGUACAAACUCUUAGCUGAUUUAGCUUCUGCAAUUGAUGAGGAAAAUGUUGAAAAUUUCACUGCAGCUGUCAAGGAAUUUGAUAGCAUUACUCCACUGGAUCCGUGGAAGACUACGCUUCUGCUGAGGGUAAAGGAAGCUCUCAAAGCCAAAGAAAUGGAAGAAGAUGACUUGGUCUGAAUUAGAAUUAGUCUCACAUAGAUUGGGAAAUGAUGCUCAACGGUUUGUACAUACUAAUAGUAAAAAAUGUUAAGUAGUAGCCAUUUAGUUCAUUGAUGCCCCUAUUGGUUAUUCUUUUGAUAAACAUCACACUAUUAUUAACUUGGUAUUAUAUGCUAAUGCUUUAUACAUCUGCAAUGUUUCAUAACCUUGAAAUGAUUAUUGUGUGUAAAGCUUUGGUUUUGAAUGUGAAUAAAAGGGUUCUUUGGUA